AUGAGUCAUGGGGCGGGUAAGGAAUCGAAGAAGGAUUCAAACGACUUCAUUGAAAAAUUCAACGAAAUUCUUCAUUCGUUGUCCGAGGAAUACGGUAGGAAGCAAGCGGUAGCAAAGACGUUGACGGAAAGCCAGAAGAACGUCGUCCGCAGUCUACAUGAGCUUGCCACGUCUGGUGAAUUGAAGCUGGACCGAUUGGCUGCUGAAACAACCUCCCUAUGUGAUACGUUUAUCAGUAAUUGGGAAUCAACUGGUAUCAAAUCAGCAGCUGUACAACAGCUUAUCGCUCUCCUGAAUCGGCCACAUAUCCGGGGCUUGAUGAUAAGCGUAGAGGAUGUUGCAAGCAAUAAAUAUCUACCAAAGCUACCAGCCAUUCCAUUCGAAGUGGAUGAAGACGAAGGGAUCGUCGUGAAAGUUGUUCGAAUAGUAAAAAGAGACGAGACCAUUGGUGUAACCCUGAAAAACGACUGUGGAAAGAUCUACAUAGCUCGAUUGAUAGCCGGUGGUGUGGCAGCUCGAAGUGCUUGCAUUCAGGAAGGCGAUCGUAUUUUGGAAGUGAAUGGCUUGCCCAUUGCAGAACUUUCUGUAGACGAUGUGGCACGCAUUCUUAAUCGUGUUGAUCAUGGUACUGUUACUCUGAAAUUGGUCCCUGCCGAUAUUCCCACCCGUAGCGAGAAUGGUACUCCUCAUGUGUAUAUAAGAGCCCAGUAUGACUACAAUGGUAAGAACGAUGAGCGACAUCCCUGCCCCGAAGUGUCAAUUGCAUUUAGUAAGGGAGAUAUCCUUGAGCUACUUGCGUGUAAUGAUGAUCAUUGGUGGCAGGCACGUCGUAUAGGAAAUGGUGCGUUCGCGAAUUGUGAUGAUAUCAAAGGUAGAGCUAAUCAAAUGUAUUUUUUUCCGAUUUUGCUGCGUCAUGAAGGCAGUGCUGCUUUAGGGUCUUCAAGGAUAGGCCUGAUACCAUCAGAAGCUCUUCAACUAGCUAAAGCUACCUCAGAGCAUGAGCAGAAGCAAACAGAUAGUCGGGGAUCGAUUCGAUCAAAGGGUAGCCACGAUGCGGAACUAAUCUAUGAGUCGGUAUGCCGUGUCGCCCCCCGGGAAGAUGCAUCGAGGAUCGUCGUACUACUAGGACCGCCUGGAGUUGGGAGGAAUGAACUAAAACGGCGUCUAUUAGCGCGAUACCCUCAACGAUUUUCCACUACCGUACCUCAUACUACCAGGGCAAUGAGCGUCAUUUCUUUAAAUUGGCUUUAUAUUUUGACCGGUCUUGCUAUUAUAUCUGACCCGUUUAGGGUUGGAGAGGUUGAAGGCGUUGACUACUAUUUUGUGGAAAGGCCGGUGAUGGAGAAAAUGAUAUAUUUUGGUCAGAUGCUGGAGUAUGGAGAAUAUAAAGGUAAUUUGUACGGGACCGCCUUAGCCUCUGUGCGUGACGCAAAACGUCGAGGAACUCUGCUUAUCACCCCUCAUCCCCUGGCACUACCACUAUUGCGAACCUCUGAAUUCAUGCCUUUUAUCAUUUUUAUCCAACCACCGGAUAAGGUAACAUUCAAGGUAGGGCAAAAUGAACUAUUUGAUUGGAUAUUCGUUCACCAUUGGUCGAAAAGUCGGAAAGCUACUCGAGCUGUUGGAUCGCAAAGUACACGCGCUUCUACUUCUACUCUGAAGAGAGGGGGUUGCGGACGGUUUUUCACUGAUACAGAAAUUGAACAGGUCUUGGAAAGCAGUGCUUUAUUAUAUAAACAAUAUCGCCACUUAUUGGAUGCUACCUUAAUCAAUAAGGAUCUCGAGGAAAGCUGUACGCAGUUGCUUCGUCUCAUUGAUGAUCUGGAAACGAAACCAACAUGGGUACCUCUGAGUUGGGCUACUCAUCUUCGAUCCGACUAA